UCACCUGGAAGAGUUACACAACAACCUGGAAACGUCACUGAGAGGAAAUAAAAGUAUUUUAACUGAGUUGAACGGAGCUGAGACGCCAUUACAGGGAGGAGAUCUGAGCUGAAACACGAAGGUUUACUGGAUCUUAAAGAAAAAGCUGCAGAAACUUUGACUUGGUGAGUUCUGGUUCUGGAGUGGUUCUGUAGAAAAUGGCAGAAAACACUGCUCUGUUUGAACGUUACCUGAGCUGCCAUGUUUGUUCAGAGACUUUCAGAGAUCCUGUGUCUCUGAGCUGCAACCACAGCUUCUGUUCAAACUGCCUGAAGAAAUUCUGGGAACAAACUGGAAACAAGAACUGUCCCAUCUGUAAAAGAAAAUCUUCUAAGGAUAAUCUGGUAAUAAAUUUCUCUCUGAAGGACCUGGCUGAUUCUUUUACUGGAAGACAGAAAUCUGGAUCUUCAGAGACAGAAACAGGAGAAAAGCAGCUGAUGGUCUGCAGUAAACACCAAGAAGACCCUAAACUGUUCUGUGAAGACGAGCAGAGAGCUGUGUGUUCUGUCUGUGAGUUUUCUCUCCACCAGAGUCACAAAGUGGUUCCUGUUGAACAAGCAGUCAGAGAUCUGAAGCAGCAGCUGAAAUCUGACUUAGAGUCUCUGCAGGACAAGAGGAACAAACACAAACAAGUGGAGAAAACAUACCAUGAUGUGAUUCAACACUCCAAGAAGCAGCUGCUGUCCACAGAGAGACAGAUCAGAGCAGAGUUCAACAAGCUGCACCAGUUCCUGAGAGAGGAAGAGGAGUCCAGACUGGCAGCUCUGAGGGAGGAAGAGGAGCAGAAGAGGAAGACUAUCAGCAGAGAGAUGAAGAGGAUUGAGGAGCAGAUCUCCUCUCUGUCAGACAGCAUCUCUGCUGUUGAAGAAGAGCUGCAGAAAGACAAGGUGUCGUUCCUCAGCAGUUAUAAAGCCACUCAGAGCAGAGCCAGAGGUCAGAGGUCACUGCCAGAUCCACAGCUGGUCUCAGGAGCUCUGAUAGAUGUGGCCAAACACCUGGGCAACCUGUCCUUCAGAGUCUGGGAGAAGAUGAAGGACCAGGUGAAGUUCAGUCCCGUCAUUCUGGACCCAAACACUGCACGUGGAUGUCUCUACCUGUCUGAUGAUCUGACCAGCGUGAGACGUGGAGAAACAAAGCAGCAGCUUCCUGAUAAUCCAGAGAGAAACAUGAAGUACCCCAAUGUUUUUGGUUCUGAGGGCUUCAGCUCAGGGAAACACAGCUGGGAGGUGGAGGUGGGAGAUCAUCCUGUCUGGGAGAUCGGUUUGGUUAAAGAGUCUGUUGACAGGAAGGGAGAGAGAUAUCCUUCACCAAAAUAUGGAAUCUGGUGUUUAUGGCAUGGUGAUGGAAAAUACAUUACUGGUGAUGGUAAAACUGUCAAAGUGAAUAAAAAUCUCCAGAGGAUCAGAGUCCAGCUGGAUUAUGACAGAGGGGAGGUUUCCUUCUACGACUCUGAAGACAAGAGUCACAUCUACACUCACAGAGACACUUUCACUGAGAAACUCUUUGCUUAUUUCAAUGUUUUUGAUGCUGCUUUUGCCAAAACAUCUGAGAUCAAAAUCUGUCAAACUGAUUUUUCUGUUUAAAGUUCAAUGUUCUGUUUUUUAAUAUCUGAAAUAUUUUACACUUUUAGUUCAGAGUUUCUAUCUGCAGUCUGAACAAUAUUCUUAUGAAAUUAUUAAUGAACAUCUUUGAUUAUUGAAGAUUUUUAAUCUUUUUAAAAUAAGGAUCUAAAUGUGUUUCUUAGAAACUAUACUCAGAAUUAAAACAUCACUGAAUGUAUCUGCUGUUAAAUUU